AUGCAAAAUAAUUCGGUGAAUAUGAAUGAAGGCGGUGUGCCAUUGGCAGGAACUCCAAACAAGAAAAAAGGUAUGUUUAAAAAAAAGAAAGUCAAUGAGUCUCGUAACAUGCUUUAGCAAUAACAUAACAAGCCUCCAUUGCUUCUGCUGCAAACUCUGAAAACAAGACCCGAGACAGCUAAACACAAAGAUAGCAUUAAUCAAGGUUUGAAAGAUUCAUUUUUAAAUAAUAACAAUAUUUUGGGGAGUAGCUAAAACAUAACCAACAUUAAUACUCAUUACAACAAUACCAAUGCUUUUGCUCCUUAAUAAAUCGUUUCUGAGCUAGAGUCAGUUGCUACACCUCACAAAAGCUGUUAGACAUGCUCAAAAAUUAAUAAUUAUAUGACAAAUGCUCAUUAAAGAUCAAUGCGGGAUUAUUCUCCAAAUGAAAAUCAUAUGGAUGAUAAUUCAAAUCCUCAUCAUAUCAUAUCAAUCAACAACUAAAUAGAGGAUCAUAAUGAGGAUCUGAGCAAUUUGAAACAAGACCUCAAUUAAAGAUAGUAUUUAACUCUUAAUAAUAUGAGUGAUUCUAAUGGGUUCUUUAAGCAUAGGACUUUCACUCCUUAGAAAGGCUUAAGACUAAGUUCUAAUGAAAAGCUAAAAUAAAAAAAGAAAUCAUCUAAAAAUACUGCCGACUUUACUGAAAAAAUUCAAAAGAUCUGUUAAGAGCAAAAGAAUGUAAAAAUUAAUCGAAUUCAUAAAGUUUUUAGGAAAUGUGAGGAAUAAAAGAAAGAUAUUGUUAACUUCUAAGGCUAGAGAUAAGAGCAUUUGCUAAGACAAAGUACUAAAGAUGAUGAAGUUCAAUUGUAGCUUCAUAGUAUGCAGAGGAAAAUUGAAUCUGCUUCAAAAGAAAUAGAUCUGAUAUAAUAGAAAUAAGAGCACAGUGCUAAGCAAAUUGACAGUUUGAGGAACAAGGAAUUUUACAAUCAAACAAACGAGAAUACACUUUUAGAUAAAAUGCAUACUUUGGAAUAAUAAUUAAGAACAUUGAAAUAAUAGACACAUACCUAACUAUAAAGUUUAGAUGAUAAGUCCUAGCAAUCAAUCCAAGUUUUAAAUGAUGGUUUCAAAACUUCACUAAGAGAUGUUAAUAAAACGCUUUAUUAAAAGAUCUUUGAUAGUCUAAAGGAAGAAAGCCAGAAUAAUGUUUAGAAUGUAAAUGACUAGAUUUCAACUAAGCUCAAUUAACUAGGCAAGAAAAUGGAGCAGCAGAAAAAAGAAUAAUUUGAUGCAAUAGCUACUGCUUAAAAAAAUAUAAGAGAAGAAACCCAGCAGUUCAUAAAACAUGAUAAGAUUGAAAAACUGGAAAAGUCAUUUACUGAUAAGACUAAGGAAGUUAAAGAUCAAAUCACGGAAAUGAUUAAUUUGAGGUUAUCUCAGCAACCAAGAGAUUUAUCAUCAAACCAAAUUGAUGAGAAAAUAGAAUAGCUUUAGUCUAAGAUAUCGACAGACUUAAAUCAAUAAAAGUAACAAAUUUUAAAUCUAGUUAAUCAAUAAUAAAAAGAACUUAGCAAUAUAACAAAAGUAGUUUAAGAAGUAGAAUCCCAUCAAGAACUGUUAUUUAAUACUUUAUAGAAGAGGCUUUAGUUAGAAAUUAAGGAAAUGAUUACUUAAAGAGAUGAGUCCUAAAAAGAGUACUUUGAAAGUGAGAAACAGGAUUUCCUUAAGGCUAUUCAAGAUAACAUGUUAAUGCUUGAUUCAAUGUUAAAAGAAUAUGCUUUAAUCAAGAAUUAGUAAUAGCAUUAAAGAUAAAAUUUAAGUGCAAGUCCUCAAGGUAUUAUAGAACCGAUGUAAUCAUUGCAGUCAGCUGACUCAUACAAUAGAUUUUUACAGCAUUAGAACCCUACAAGUGAAUGUGAUAACUCCAUCCUAAGGUCAUCUGUGUCCUAGAGUGGACUAAAUUCAGCUUUGAACGGCCCAUUUUAAGAGUUAUAAAGAGAAGAGUCUAAGAGAUACUCAUAAGCUUCAAGGAGUAGACAGUAAAAUAUAAUGGUUUAAGAUUUCAUGAAAUCAAGUGAGUCAUUAGCAAAUAACAACAAAGUUCAAAGUGUUUCAAGUGACUAAACAAGAAAAUAAUAUCCUAAGGGGAUUGAUAAUAUUCCAAUGAAUAUAAAUGAAAAAGAAGCAAGUAAAUUCGUCUCAAAAGCUAAUUCUGAUGAUUAUAGCAAUAGAAAUGAUAAUUAGUAUGAGGAGGUUAAGGUUGAGGAUAUUGAAAUAUAUAGUCCACUCAAUAAAAAGAACAAGAGUGAAUCUGUCCAUUCAGCUAGCGGUAGUUACUCUGAAAGCUAGAGAUUAGAUGGUAUUUAAUAGAAUAGAGUUAAGAGGCAAAAGUCUAGCAAAACUUCAUAGAGGACAGUAGAAAAAACUACCUCUGAUUUUUUCAACCUGACCCAAGAAAGUUAGUUUGACCUUGUAAAUCAGUUCAGUAAUUCAGGAUAAAAUGCACUAAGCAAUAUCAUCAGAUAGUAGUAAUAAAUAUAAGGAUAAAAUUAAUAACCAUUGCAUUCAAUUGAGAAAAGAUUUGGGAAAAUCGGCCAGGAAAUUCUUGAAGAGGUUUAUGUAAAUGAAGUAUUAACUGCUCUAGAAGAAUGCUUUGGAGUUUUAAAUAGAGGUCCAGAUCAGAAUUCUUAACAGCUUCUAUCAAACUAGAAUAAUCUCCCAUCAAAUAACAAUCUUUACUUAUAUGAGAGAAUUGAAACUCUUAACAGUAGAUAAAACCUAAAUUAAGGUUAAAAUAAUAGGAGAUCGAAUGAAGACUAAGAAGAUGAUGAGGAAGAUGAAGCAAUUGAUGUAGCUUUAGCAUCUCAUGAUUAUUCAGACAGAUAUGAAUUGAGCAUAUCAAACAACGAUUGA